UAUGCAAAUGAAGGCACAGAAACAAAAGCUCAGCAAGGUGGGGGAAGAUUGCUCUUAAGAAUCUAGGCAAUUUUCAGAGCUCUUUAAGACACACCUCUCAGUUCUUACUAACAGCUCUCCUGGCUCCUCUCCAGUCUAUUUAGAAUUUGGCACCUCUUCAGAACCUUACAGCCAAAGACCUGAAAAUUCAUUCUUAAGUUCCCAUCCUGGCCUCAUUCUGCAAGUGGAGAAAUUAAGGCAUAUAAUAUGGGUCUGUGGGCUGACUUUCUUUGACAUUCCCUCUUUCUCUUUCUUUCUUCUGCUACAUACACUCUCGCUUGGAAAGGAAACUCUACGGCCCAAUUGCCCUCCAGGUCUCUCCCCAGCCCCACCUUGAUAAAAUCUGUAGGGCAAUAGGACCUAGGGAAAUUCAACCCUGAGGCCGAGAGAGACAUUCCUGCUUAACCGCCUGGCUUGAGCGAGUGUGGAAGCGAGCUAGUUAGGGAGGGCGGGGUAGAACUGGGGAUCUGCUGCUGUUGGCGAAGAGGAAAGCUGUGGCUCCCUCCAGGGUCCGGGGGUCGUGAUGAGAAGUGCUUCUGAAGGUUGGCCCAAGCCCCUUUUUGUCGCGCCUCUGUGCACCGAGCAUGCUUCAUCUGCCCGCCCUGGAAGUCGCAGGCUGGUUUUGUUUGGCCCCAGCUGUCUCCCCCAUUUCGUGCAGCCCCGCCAUCGGUGCCUUCGUUCCUGAAGCCACCGACCUCUCACAGCUGGAACUGCGAGCCAGGCAGGACCCCGGCAGCAGACGGCGCCCAAGAGUUUGCCGACAUCCGUCGGGCCGGGUUGGCGCCCCGCACGUCGUGUUUUUCGCUAGUAAAGUUUCUCUGUGGAAAAGAAGCCCCUCCAGCUUUCUCUUGAUCCUGCAGCGGGCGCGUGCUCUGCUUCUCUCCCCGGUGACUGCGCUCGGGGCUGGGGUUGUGACUUUGCUCCUGUCCCUGGCCUGGCGGCCUUGGGGGCGGAGCUUGGGGAAUUGAAGGAGCCGCCGUGAGAACUCUUGACUGAGCGCGGGUGCGGAGAGACCGCCGGCGAGCAGGCGAGCUAAUAGCCGCAGCCUAGCAUUAGCUAGGGUGCCUGGGCAGUGAACUGGAUCCCCGAAGGGACGCUCAGGCUGCGCCCCCUCUUCUGCCCUGGCUCAGUUCUCAGCUGAUUUGAGAGAGCACACUGGUCAGGGCUCCUCAAGAGGAGCUGCUGAGUGUCGGUGCCCGCGAGAGUGGCUACCCGUCCUGCCUGGGGGGCUGCGAAAGGCGGAGCCGCCACGGAAACAGCUGUUCCCAUGGCUCUUGACGCGCCUGGAAUUGGACUCCGGACUGGGCGCUAAGAUGAUUGCUUUUGCCUUGUCCAACUUCCACAGCACGUAGUUGACGAUUGGAAUCCUGGGCCAAUCAAGAGUCUAGUUUCAAAGUGGUACUCCUGGGCUCUUCAUCCCAGACUCCAACAAGUCUAAUUUGAGACGAGAAGAGAGCGGUCUCCUGCUCUAACUAGUAGAUCUCCGUUCUGGAAUUGGACUUGACAGCUCUCCUCACCAAUACUUGCACUGCAGUGGUUACAGGGUUCUCUUGGGAGGUGGGGAUGGGAGUGCUCUGAAGACCAGACCACAACACUCAGAACCUCGACAAUGGACCGAGUUUUUGAAAUUCCUGAGGAGCCAAGCGUGGAGCCGACAUCCUCUCUGGAGGAAGAUGUCAUCCGUGGGACGAACCCCCGAUUUACCUUUCCAUUUGGCAUCCUCUUCUCCACGUUUUUGUACUGUGGGGAGGCAGCAUCUGCCUUGUACAUGGUUAGAAUCUAUCGGAAGAAUAGUGAAACCUACUGGAUGGCAUACACCUUUUCCUUCUUUAUGUUUUCAUCCAUUAUGGUCCAGUUGACCCUCAUUUUUGUCCACAGAGAUCUGGCCAAAGACAAGCCACUAUCAUUGUUUAUGCAUCUAAUCCUCUUGGGACCUGUUAUCAGAUGUUUGGAAGCCAUGAUUAAGUACCUCACACUGUGGAAGAAAGGAGGGCAGGAGGAGCCCUAUGUCAGCCUCACCCGAAAGAAGAUGCUAAUAAAUGGCGAGGAGGUGCUGAUAGAAUGGGAGGUGGGCCACUCCAUCCGGACCCUGGCUAUGCACCGCAGUGCCUACAAACGUAUGUCACAGAUCCAAGCCUUCCUGGGCUCAGUGCCCCAGCUGACCUGUCAGCUCUAUGUGACCCUGAUCUCUGCAGAGGUCCCCGUGGGUAGAGCUGUGCUAAUAGUCUUUUCCCUGAUAUCUGUCACCUAUGGGGCUACCCUCUGCAAUAUGUUGGCUAUCCAGAUCAAGUACGAUGAAUACAAGAUUCGCCUUGGUCCACUAGAAGUCCUGUGCAUCACCAUUUGGCGGACAUUGGAGAUCACCUCCCGCCUCAUGAUUCUCGUGCUCUUUUCAGCCACCUUGAAAUUGAAGGCUGUGCCCUUCUUAUUGCUGAACUUCCUGAUCAUCCUCUUUGAGCCUUGGGUUAAGUUCUGGAGGAGUGGUGCCCACAUGCCCAAUAACAUUGAGAAAAAUAUCAGCCGACUUGGCACCUUAGUGGUGUUGAUUUCCGUUACCGUCCUCUAUGCUGGCAUCAACUUCUCUUGCUGGUCAGCUUUGCAGUUGAAGUUAGCAGACAGCGACCUUGUUGAGAAAGGUCAGAACUGGGGACAUAUGGGCCUGCACUAUAGUGUGAGAUUGUUAGAGAAUGUGAUCAUGGUCUUGGUUUUUAAGUUCUUUGGAGUGAAAGUGUUACUGAAUUACUGUCAUUCCUUGAUUGCCUUGCAGCUCAUUAUUGCUUAUCUGAUUUCCAUUGGCUUCAUGCUCCUUUUCUUCCAGUACUUGCACCCGUUGCGCUCACUCUUCACCCACAAUGUAGUGGACUAUCUCCACUGUGUCUGCUGCUACCAGCACCCUCGGGGCAGGGUUGAGAACUCAGAGCCAUCCAUUGAUGCUGAAGCAAGGCAAAGCAUUGUCUGAUUCUGUCUUUUGGGUAUUUUGGGAUGGGUUGGGGUUGCCAAGAGCAACUGUGAAAUUGAAGGAGACGAUGAGGCUUAUGGGUGAGUACCCACCAGGACAUUGUUUUGAGUUUUCUGAAAGCCUAUCAGAAGAAAGAGCAGCCCCCAAAUAGAUUUUAUUUCCUUAAGAUUGACUACUAUGUUUGGACACCAAGGUAACCACUGUGUACCUGGGAGGGUCAGAUAUAUCAUUCACAUUCCUCCCACCCAGGUCAGCUGUCUGGCUGUCCUAUGAGAUAACUUACCUCCAUGCACCUAAGGCUCUCUGUGACCUUUAAGCUCUGCUCAUUCGCUUGAGCAUUACUGAGGUUUCUGUGGGCUGAACCAAAUGGCCCAGAAUCCCACCAGAAUAUAUCCUGACUGAUCAGAGGAUGUGCCUGCUUAUCAGCUAUGGGUACCUCCCGGGAAACAGUCUGACUUAUGUGAAACCUGUAACUGUGAACGUGGCUGGGGUCUUUUAAUUCCAGUGAGAAACACUGAUUAAGAGGAAAACCCCCACUAUUAAAAGAGCUGCUCCUUAAAUGAGUUAGCUCUCCAUUAGGACUUUACUAGUGAUCAUUCAUCAAGGAUCUUUCCUUUCAGUGGCCCUUCAAAGGCACACUCUGAGGAGGGAGUACAGAGUGGGUUUCCUUCAAGGCAUAAAGCAGAAUGACUGUCUCAGGGACCUGCAUGGGCCUCCACUGUGCUGAGUGGAGUGGUUGAAUCAAAGCUCUCACUUCAUGCCUCCUUAUCAGGGAUUCCCUCCAACCUGGCUUUUCUGUGCUCGUUGACCAACAUUUGAUGUAUAUCUCAGAGAAGCUGAACUGUAAUUGAAAAUGUUUCUAAUGUGUGGAAGAAAUGAAGAUUGCUUUGUGUUUCCUACUAUCCUGAGUAUUUUGUUGAUUUGUUUUUUAGGGGAGAGAGAGGUAAUAAUAGCUAGGACAUUGCCUUUAUGUUGUUUGGGGUUGGGAGAGUGGCUAACACUCCAAGGUAGAGUGAAGGCAGAGGAGGGAAAUGAGAUCACAUUAAAUCAU